UGAUAUAUGUUUCAACGCCUACAUAUGUUAUCAUAAUUGCAACACUAAACAUACCUUGCAUCGCAAUGCGAAUGUCGAAAAGGCAGAACUCAAAACCUGGAAAAAAGUGUUGUUUUGUUGAAAACAUGGCAAAUUGCAGCUAAAACAGCAGGUGUACACACAAACUAUACGAUUCUGUAAUUAGUUGACUGGCUGCAGUGCAUAGAAAUUAAGGGCAGUCACAAAAUUGACGCGUGUUAAAUGCAAACAAGAAAAUUCCAACACAGACCUUGAGUGGUAGCACACAUACACAUCUGGCAAACGCACACGAACACACACACACACAUCUUGAUAAACGGGGCCCAGUCGAAAACGUCAUAUAUUUCCCCGUCCCGCCCGCACGCUCGCUACUUUAAGCCAAAUUAGCUGACUUUCCAAGGCAGGAAGUCCGCUCAGAGGAUCCACCACCACCACCACGACGACAGCUGCAAAAUGGUAAAUGUGCCGCCACUGCUGUGCAGCACGCCGCCACCGAUCGAUUUUGGCGAGGACGACGACGACUCUGGCCUACAGUCGACGAUCAACUUGGACGACGGUGACGAAUACCCCGACGACGACUUUGGCUUAGUCACCACCCGCUCAGCGGUGCUUGAAACGGGGCUCAAUGCAAAAGAAUCACAGUCAGAAACCCAACCCGUACCCUUAGCCAUAUCAGCAGCGUACAGUGAAGGGCCGCCCGAUCUGGAACUGAUUGAGAAUUGCGAGAUUAGCAAACCAACUGCAGGCGAGAUUAAGCAAACUGUGGAGGCUUUCAAUUACCAAGUGAAAAAGUCGCAGUCGCUUGAGGGUUACGACGGCUAUCAGGAGACGCCCCCGCCCCUAGCCGAUGAGCUGGAGGAGGAGGAUGAAGAGGAAGAGGUGGCCAAUAUAAGUGACAAUGUUCCGUCCCUUAAGCUAGACAGCCUGAGUCUGUACUCCACGGAAAGUGUCUCGGCGUCGUCCACACUGUCGCCCGUUGCAGACGACGAGGAGGAAAUGCCACCACCACCGCCGUCAACGACGACGACCACAACCAAAGCACCACCACCUGUCCUCCACCAUCAAGUCACGCUGGAGGAUGUGUCCGAUGACAGCGACGAGGAGUGUUCGCCAAAGAAACCCAAAGAACUAUUUAUACGCGAGGGAGCCGAAGAUUUCUUUGCCAUUGAAGUGCUGGCCACACCCCCAGCCACAGCCACAGCCCCACCCCCACAGACCUCCACUCAGCCCUCCUCCUUCCAGUUGGAAAAGCCAGCAACGGAUACCGAUAUAUUUCAGUUUGAAGCUAGCUUUGCAGAGGCAACAGAACAGUCUGUUGUGCAGGAGCAGCAGACGCAGCAGCAGGAGAAUCCUGAAGCUAAUGAAGAUGAUGAAUUUGAUGACUUUGGCGACUUUGCCGAUUUCUCGGCUGUGCCCACGCCUUCAGUGGAGGCCAUGCCACCUCCAGCUCAGCAGAGAAAGGAUUCCCUGGAGACUACCCCUGCAGCGGCUGCUGCAGAUGAUGGCUUCGAUGAUUUUCAAGAGUUUGCCACGCCACCUGAAGAUAAUGCAGACGACGAUGAUGAUGAUGACUUUGGUGACUUCUCAGAGCCAAUAACAGCACCCAUACCCAUAGCCGUAGCCGUAGCCGUACCACCGCCACCGCCGCCUGCAGCAGUCCAUCUGAGCAUCGAUGAGCGCAUCAAGCCAGUCCUAGACUUGAUGUUUCCCCUGCCCCAGGAGAGCAGUGCCGCAAAUGAGGCCAAACGGCGGCCCCUGGGCCAGUGUCAGAAUUUUAACUUUGGUGUCAUCGAGCAGGCCCAGGCGCUGGACUAUCAGUGGACCAGCUCAGAGAUGCGGCACUCCCUAGUGCGUUCGCUGGGCAUCGAUUCAAGAAAUAUACUGUUUGGUGACAAGUGGAAUGCUUCCAUGCCGCGUUUUGCUGCCAAUCUGAGCUUUGAUCCACUCAAGCCGCUUAAACCGCUGGAGGCCAGCAGCAACCAGCAGCAGUCAGUGGGAUUGGAAGCAACAACCGCAGCAGCAGCACAAACGAGCCAAACUGAAGCGCGGUCUGGCCCGUCUAAUGGGGAAAACGGUAUCGUCGUCGGCAGCAGCAGCAGCACCAGCAGCACCGAAUCCGCCCACUUCGACCAGGACAACCACAUUAACACAGACAUUAAUAGCGACUGCCUUGAGUCCACAGCAGCGGCACCAGCAGCAGCUGCUGUUGCAGCAACAGCGACGCUAUCGACUGCUCUAUCAGCAAACGGCUAUGGCCACAACCUCAACGGCAGUGAGCAGCUGCAUCAGCAGCUCCAGCAACAGCAGCAGUUUGAUUUGAGAGCAACACCAACGCCAUCGCCAUCUCCACCUCCAGUGGCAGUGGCAGUUGCAGUUACAGUUGCAGCUCCAGCAGCGCAAGAGGAAAUUAAAGCAAGCAGCACCACCACCAGUACCCCAACUGGCUAUGCGAUGCCACUGAAGGAGACCCACAUUUACACACCCUCGAAAUCGGACACGGCUGUGGCAAGGACCACAACGCUGGCGCCCAUCGAUUUCGAUUACGAGAUUGCGGCGACGGGCAUCAUCAUUGAUGAGACGGUGGUCAAGAAGGAGUAUCGCGAUGUGGAGUACAAACCGCCGCCGUUUGGCCUGGACUCGCCCAGCCGGUUGGCCAGCAGCAAUGGAACGAGCAGCUUUGAGCUUCCGACAACAGUUAAUCCCAUGGCGGAGGAUGAUGAUUUCAGUGACUUCCAGUCAAUGCCAGCGAGAACGCAGGCCGCGCUACAGCCGCCAAGGAAUGGAACGCCCACAUUUGGCGAGCAAAUGAUACUCUGUCCGGCCAUAUUGCUGCCGCAGGCCAUACCCCUGGCCAAGACGGCCAUUGAGUGGGGCGACAAUGCCCUGUCCAGCAUCAAUGCAGACGAAAUGGCACGCAUUGAAGAUCUGUUUUCGACGCAGUACAAGCCGCCCACGAUAAGUGCAACGGUGGCCAAGCAGCCGCCACAACAACAACAGCAGCAGCAGCAACAGGAGGAUGAUGAGUGGUCGGACUUUGUGUCGGUGCCUGUGCCCCAGCAGCAGCAGCAACAGCAGCAUCCACAGCAACAGUCUUUUAGCAACAAUAACAAUGUGAACAGCUUGAAGAAGCCUCCCUCUGGCACUGGGCCUGGGCCGAAGGAGGAUGAUUGGUCUGAUUUUGUGAGCAGCACGCCGCUGCCGACGCGACCAUCGGCUCCACAAUUCAAUUCUGGGGCCUGGCAAAGCGCCAACUUCUACAAUAAUCCACUCAGUCUAUAUCAGCACCAGAAGCAGCCGCAUGCCCACAGCAACUUGGUGCCCAAAUAUCAGCAGAGCAGCAAAAGCAGCCUCAGCAGCAGCACCUCCACAAACCACACCAACCACAAUAACAAUAACAACAACAACAAUGUGCCAGCCACACCACAGCAGAUUCACAUCAUGCACGACUUCUCCACGGCGCCCUCCACAACGUCCGGAAGCUCGUUGGCCGGAGCCACCUAUCAACAGCAUCACCAGCGGCAGCAGUUUCAGAUCGGCAAUGCAAAGGUGGCGCCACGCAUAUCCCUUAUACCCGAUCUGAGCUUUGUGGCGCCGGCACUGCCCACAAAUGCGGGGGCCUUUAUGGGUUCGCUGCCAAAGCCCAGUUUCAGUGGCAAGAAAUGACAAAUGCUGCGCGGAGGCAAACAUCAUCUGAAUCCUCAACAGAAGCAAAAGAAGCAGCAGUCGUUGAGGCCGCGCCCACUGGCAGGAGAGGCCAGCGUUCUCACGUAGACAACUAACUACCUGAUGGUGGAAGGUGGCAUGGUUGGGCCCGUGGAGAGUUAGUCAGUAUUAUGAAUCCGUCUGAUAAUUACUAUAUACCGUACCCGCUACCGUCGUCGUAUAUAGACACAGUUGAUGAUUGUGAAAGAACUUAGCAGAAGCAGAAGCAGAAAAAAAGUGUUUAAUGUUGUCGUUGAAGUUAUUGUUGUUGUUGAUGUUGUUAGUCGCGUAGGACAAGGCAGGCACUCCACUCAGUCC